CCCCAGCUCAGAGCUUUUGCCCCUGCAGCUCUUGCAGCCCAGACCGCUCUUCCUUCUCACCCCUACUCCUCACCUCUGACACCUCAGGGCGCCUUCGCAUCAGUCAGGUCUCGACACAAAUGUCCCCUCUCUGCCUGUGCAUCUUCCAAAGCCCAACAUACAAAGCUGAUGAAAGCGGAGCAGAUCUGGUCAGAUCCUAAGACGCUGAGUCCAGAGCAAUGUUGCUGAAGACAGUCCCUCCUGCAGUGCUCUUGCUGGCCCUGGUGGACCACGUGCUGCUGCUGGAGAAUGGGCUCCUUCAGAAGCCACCCAUGGGCUGGCUGGCCUGGGAACGCUUCCGCUGCAACAUUGACUGUGAUGAGGACCCGAAGAACUGCAUCAGUGAGCGACUCUUCAUGGAGAUGGCUGACCGACUAGCACAGGAUGGAUGGCGGGACCUGGGCUACACAUACCUUAACAUCGAUGACUGCUGGAUUGGUGGGCGAGAUGCCAAAGGCCGCCUGGUGCCUGAUCCCAAGCGUUUCCCCAACGGCAUUGACUUCCUGGCUGACUAUGCACACUCCCUGGGCCUAAAGCUGGGCAUCUACUCGGACCUGGGCAACUUCACCUGCAUGGGUUACGCAGGCACCACGCUAGACAAGGUGGUCCAGGAUGCUCAAACCUUCGCCGAGUGGAAGGUGGACAUGCUGAAGCUGGAUGGCUGCUUCUCGACCCCCGAAGAACGGGCCAAGGGGUACCCCAAGAUGGCUGCUGCCCUGAAUGCCACAGGCCGUCCCAUCGCCUUCUCCUGCAGCUGGCCAGCCUAUGAAGGGGGCCUCCCCCCCCAGGUGAACUACAGUCUGCUGGCAGACAUCUGCAACCUCUGGCGCAACUAUGACGACAUCCAGGACUCUUGGAGGAGCGUGCUCUCCAUCCUGAACUGGUUUGUGGAGCACCAGGACAUACUGCAGCCAGUGGCGGGCCCUGGACACUGGAAUGACCCAGACAUGCUGCUCGUUGGGAACUAUGGCCUCAGCUUCGAGCAAGCCCAGUCUCAGAUGGCCCUUUGGACGGUGCUGGCAGCCCCCCUUUUCAUGUCCACGGACCUGCGUACCAUCUCUGCCCAGAACAUGGACAUUCUGCAGAAUCCACUCAUGAUCAAAAUCAACCAGGAUCCCUUAGGCAUCCAGGGACGCAGGAUUCUCAUGGAGAAAUCCUACAUUGAAGUGUUCAUGCGGCCUCUGGCCAAUGAGGCCAGCGCCUUAGUCUUCUUCAGCCGCAGGAUGGAUAUGCCUUAUCGCUACCAUUCCUCCCUCGCCAAGCUCAACUUCACCGGCUCCAACGUGUAUGACGCCCAGAACGUCUACACGGGUGACAUCAUCAGUGGCCUCCGGGCUGAAACCAACUUCACAGUGGUCAUCAACCCUUCCGGGGUGGUGAUGUGGUACCUGUAUCCGGUGAGGAAGCUGGGGAUGCCCCAGCAAUGAGAAGCUGGGACAAGUGACAGGCUGUGGUGGCAUCACUGAGCCCAGACCAUGGAGCCUUGGCAUGCCGAGGGCCAGUAGGUGGGGUUAUCUGCUACACAGCCCUACUUGUCGACCUGACCCCAUCAGACCCAAAAAGCAAUUUCAGGGCCAAGAUCCACGUCCAGCCCAAGUGUGAACCCUCUUGGAAACUUGUCUUGGGGCAACUCCUGUAGCCUUCCUGCCUCUGCCUCCUCUGCAUAGCCCCACAGGUGUUGCUGAACAACUCAGCCAGCCUCCUGAGCCCCCACAGGCAGGGGCGCUGAUAGCCAUCAGGACUCCAGCCUCUGACCUUCUUUUUGUUGACUCUGAAAUCAGAAUCCGGAAUUUUUCUUAGAAUUAGGAGUGGAGAUCUGCUCUCUUGUCAGGAACUCCCAUGAACUGUGUGAUUGGCUUCCUGCCCAGAGAAGGCCUUGCAGGCUAACACCACCUGGGAGUGAUCUUGGCUCCCUCGGGUCACCAAUAAAGCUGUUCUUUAGUCAAGUAGUUGUAAUAUGGACCUGGGCCCAUGGGCAUCUUCAGUUAGGGACUCUGGGUGGCAGUACACAGGGUGCUGGUUUCAAAUCUCGCCUUACAUGGAAGAUGUAUAGCAUCUUCUGGUCCCUCAUUUUCCAAAGCAACCUGCAGAUUGUACUUCUAGACAUGCCAGACUUGCCUCAUGCUGGGGAGCCAUCCCUGCUUUGCCCAACACAGUGGUAGUGGUGGUGAAACACAGUGAGGCAGAGCAGUGAUAUUCCCAGGCCCUUCCUCACCCCAUUCCGAUGUUACGGGGUCUGCUGACCACUACCCCCUCGCACCAGCCCCCCUGCUGCACAGUGAAAGGCCCUGAUCUGCUGAGGAACUUGGCAUUGCUGUCUUAGGCGCCUUUCAGCUCAUCUCCCCUUUCUGACAGGGCUUCAUUCAGUGGCGCCCUGGGGCUGGGUGUGGGUGCAGAGGUGUCAGCUCUGCCUUUCUCCCACAGGGUCCCUACAGCUUGUCCUAUGCCCGGCAGUGUUCCACGGCCCCACCCUUAGUUUCUUCUUUCCUAACUUGUCUGCAUCGGAGAUUCAAAUUUCCCAGGUCUGUCCAAAGACAAGUCCAGGGGCUCUUUGUGUCUUAAAAUAUAUUUCCUGCUCCUCUUCCUAGGGAAAGGGGUAUUAAAGGAAAAGAAGGACAGGUUCUUGACUGCUUUCCUUGGUUUCUAAUUCCCAAGCCCUCUUUCCUUAGCUAAAGCCGCAGGGCACCUGUCUUCCUGAUGGCUCUUGUCCCCAUUUGGAAAGCUAGCAGCAGAGCAAGCUAGGUAAGUUUUCCUUGGGCUUUGAAUGUGAGAGCACCCAGUGCCCCAGGCCUUGCACUAUCCUGGCCUCUGGAUGGAUCUCCCAUGCUCCCUCCUCAGGGUUUGACGUCCUUGUCUUUAGAGUAUGGUGUAGAAAACUUACAAGUGCACAUUUUAUAGUAUCAUUUAAGACUACUGGAGCUUCACUGAUUGAGACUAGAGUUAUCAGAGAAAGCUCCUUUUCCCCAGUUGGUAUCUUGAGGCUGUGGAUCACUCAGGAGGACAGAAGCCUACCUCAUCCCAGACCUCUGCCCUUGGAGGCCUGUCACCCUAUGCAUAACUCCAGCUUUGGGUCUUUGUCAUAGUGCUGUUCAAGCCAAAUAGAAUAGUCUCGGGUGGGAACACUUCUUUUGCCAGCCCCAGGAAAGAAGUCUUUGCUGCCACCCUGGGAUGCGGUGAGGUAUAGCGGUGGAGACCAUGGACAUGGGAGUUGGAGCCAGGGAUCAACCUGGGCUUGACCACUCAAUUCCUUUGCCUUCCAGACUCAGAGAUAGUUGCAUGUCUUUACUUGCUGUAUAACUUCUUUUAUUCUGGGGGUGCCUGAUAGAUGCUCUCUUUCACUUUCAUUUUUUCAACAUACACGCUGCCUAUCUUCCAGGACAUUGUUUUACUCCCUUCUACCCAAGGCUAAUUAGGGACUCAAUUAUUUUUUUCCCAGUUCAAGGCAGCCUUGUUUGGUACUCCUUGUCUUUUAAAAAAUUUUUAUUAAAGAAAGUUUCAAAUACAAAAACAAAAUGGUAGAGUGAACCUCCAUGUACCCAACACCCAGAUCCAACAACCAUCAACAUGUGCUAUUAUUUCAUCUCUCUCUUCCCACACAUACUUUUUCUUUGCAUGUGAGCUGGAGUAUUUGAAAGCAAAUCAAAAAAAUCUAAACACCACUAUGUAGCUCUAACAGAUAGGGUUUUUAAAAAUAUAUAUGACCUUAAUACAAUUUUCCUAUCCAACCAAAUAAAAUUUUUAAUAAUCUAA